AUGUCCAAAACAAUAACAGUAAUCGGUUCACUUAACACCGACUUGGUAACACUCACUCCUCGGGUCCCCUCAGGGGGUGAGACCUUGACUGCUACUUCAUUUAGCACGGGGCCUGGUGGUAAAGGUGCAAACCAAGCCGUAGCAUGCGCCCGUCUCUCCCGCCCAAACCCCACGGCCCCCUCCUCCAUCACAGUGCGCAUGCUUGGUUCUGUAGGCGCCGAUGAAUUCGGCCCUGAAAUGAUCUCAUCCCUCCAAUCCUCCCUCAUCGACACAUCAUCCAUAACCGUCGCAGAAGGCCAAUCCACCGGCGUAGCCGUGAUCAUCGUCGAAGAAACCACCGGCGAAAACCGUAUCCUCCUCUCGCCCGGUGCAAACCACUCUCUGCUCCCCUCUUCAUUUACCUCUGCCUCUUCACUCGGCGUGCCGAAACCGGAUCUGGUGAUCCUGCAGCUAGAGAUCCCACUCGAGACCGUGUUGCAGAUUAUCAAGACCGCGAAAUCAGCCGGCGUGGAUGUGUUGCUUAAUCCAGCACCUGCCGUAAAGUUACCUGAAGAUGUGUUUAAGGGACUGGGACAUCUGAUUGUCAAUGAAUCUGAAGCUGCGAUCCUGACAUCCCGCUCUGUUGCCGAUGUUGAAGCUGACGGUUUUGAUUGGGAUGUUGUUACGUCUGAGUUCCUGUCUAAAGGUGUGAAAAAUGUUAUAGUUACAUUGGGAUCAAAAGGAGCUUUCUUUCAGAGUUCGGGUAUGGAAAAGGGCGUUUCUGUGAAGCCGGAGAAAGUAAAGAAGGUUGUCGAUACGACAGCGGCAGGCGAUACGUUUGUUGGUGCGUAUGCAGUAAGUGUGGUACAGAAGGGGGGUAAUGUGGGUGAGGAGGAUGUAAAAGGCGCUUGUAGAGCUGCGGGAAGGACCGUGGAGAAGAAGGGGGCGCAGAGUGCAAUCCCAUGGUUGGAUGAGGUUUAG